GUAUGUAUGCUUCUAGGCGGGCGGCAGAUUUAUCUGGGGUGCGUUCGCUAUUGCGGGUGACGAAGGCUGCAUGUCGUUGAGCCUGCAUAGCAUGUGAGCGUCGAGCUGCACAACACACGCAUUCAACGCGGAGACGAGGCCGGCGAUGACGCCCAUGAUCUUCGUGCCAACAUGCCAAUGCCGUAGUCGAUGCACUCCACAAUGACCAUUCACAGGCAUGUGGCGGAUGCACGCGGCGCUAGGCUGGCUUGAGUUUACCCGCGUCGCUUCUCCGCAUUCCAUCCCUCUGGAACUCUGUGAAAAUGCUCUAACUAGACCACACCCGCGGAUGUCACCUCCCGACCUGGAUCCCCGUUGUAUGCAUGGAAUCUUCGACCCCCAAGAGAGUCUCCAAAGCCUGCGAUGCUUGCAAGCUUCGCAAAGUCAAAUGCAACGGCCAAGAGCGCUGCCAGCAGUGUUCUCAUCUUGGGCUGCGAUGCGUCUACUCGGCUACCAACAAGACGCGGUCUCAGGGUAAACGCGGCCGCAUCAUAUCAGAGUACAAGAGCAAGACGACAAAUCUGAGCCUGACUUCGCCUCCUAUUCUUCCUGCUGGUACCCCUCUGAAUGGGCUGCCAUCACCUCAUGCGAUUCUUCCAUUUACACUGGAUCGUAAUGUAGUGUCGUCUCCAACUGAGUCGGAACCUCAGUAUGGCCCGGGUUUCUUUCUCGACUUGCUGCCGGCCUACGUUGAAGGUGUAUAUCCCGUGCAGCCAGUCAUCCCUGAGAAGGAGCUCCAUGACUACAUUCAGGUUAUGCACGUCGAUGCAGAAGUGCGAUCAUUUGUCUUCGCCUUUGGUGCAUGCACGCUCAACUUGACCCGCCAGGGCGCUGAACGCACAGAGGAAAUCCGGCACACCAUCGAAACGUUGAUGAAUUACUCAAUUCAGACUAUGAAGCCGCCUUACAAGUCGUUCCACUCGUCAGUCAUGAGAGCAAUGCAGACAAUGUUUAUUCACAAUUGCCUCAUGUCCAUGUCGGCAAGCGAUGCAGCUUUCUACUACAUGCGCGAUUCCAUAUCCGCCAUACAGCUCUUGAGAAUCGACAACGCCGAAGUCAUGUCACACCUACCACCAGCUGAACGCUCGCGACGCCAAAGACUGUACUGGCAAGCCUUCAUCCAUGAACGCUUCGUCGCCAUUCUCGACUACCGAGACGCCAUCCUCCCACCCCUCGAAACCCUUCCAGAAGACGACUCCACAAUCCCCAUACAAAUCCACGAAGGCUUCAAUCAAAUCAUCAAACUCUUCCGUCUCCUCGACGGCGACUUCCUCAAAAACUGGCUCGGGAGUCAAGGCGGACGAGUGACCAGUACCUGGAUCGAAGCCAAGUCGCGCGAACUCGAGCUGUCAUCGGAAGACACAGCGCUCCAAUUCUCCCAACUAACCACCAUGCAACGCGCCGACCUCGCCAUCACACGCGAGUGGCUCCGAACCCUCGUCUGGCGUCUCGCAAUGUCCCAAACCCUCCUCUCCUCGCGCUCCUCAAAACAAUGCCUCUCCCUCCUCUUCCCUGUCCGCCUCUCCCAAAACCUGCGCUCCCAAAUAUAUAACAUGUCCCGCCACGACAUUGAAGUCCACGGCUCCUCCAUCACUCAAAAACUCUUUGAAAUCACAGACACAAUCGCAGACGUUCUGCUUCACGUCCCUGCAACCACUCUAGCUGAAAUCGCUCUCCGCAUCGACGAUUUCCUCUUCAUCCUAGAUUUUGUGCUCAAGUUCCCAACCCUCGAUAACACGCGUCGUGGGAUCCUACUGGAGAAGUUGGAGCGACUGCAGAGUAUGUUCCCGGAAGUUUGCAGUUCAGCUUCGUCGCCCAAUAUGCCGUUUGACGCGCAGAGUCCGUCGACCGAUCCCUGGUACCAAGUCGCGCAUUCCAAGAUCGCCGCGAAUUAUGGGGGAAGUGCGGAGGGCGAGGGAGAGAGUGCGCUGCCGCCUUCGCUGGUGUCGCCUGUUGAGGGGCUUUCGAUUGUUUCUUCUUCGUUUGAUCAGGAGGGGCAGCAGCAGUCUUCUUCGUCGCAGCAACAGCAGCAGCAACAACAAGCAUUGCAGCGGCAGCAGGAAGAAGAACAGAUGUUGAAAGACGAGCGGCAAGCUACUUGGAAUCACAUCUCGAGAAGGUUAUCUAUGGCUACAUUUGCUGUUUCAUGA